AAGAGGCGGGGCCCAGGAGUUGACAAGCCGCCGGGAGGGCGGGUGUCUCCGGAGUGGAGGAAGGGUUGGGAUGGGGGCCGUGAGGGAGACCUAAGUGGCGGCGGCGGCGGGUCGACUAUGGCGCGGAGCGGCCGGGCCGUUGGGAAGGCGCUCGCCGCGCGGCUGGCCUUGACUCCGCGGAGAGCCGCUCUCAGGUAUGAAAGGCGGGGUCGUGAGAAGCUCCGCCCACCGCUCUCUGAGGUGGGGGAGAAAUAGCUUCCUCAGACCCAGAAAAGGCCGGCUGUGGGGAGGCGAGGGGUGCGGGGAGCUUCACCCUUCGCAGCCCGACCUCUCCGGGGAGCUUUUUCAGGCAGGCGAGGGAGGUCACCUCACCCCACCCCCGGCUCUGAGGGUGGCUCCCUGCCCUUGUUAGGCUUGCUCUGGUGUCCCCUUUCUCCGCCUCUUCUUCCCUCAGCGUGACAGGCAGAAGUUCAACAGGUGGCGUUCGCGCUUGCUUUCACGCUCUGUGCUGUGGGGAGGAGUGGAAAGGGGCCAAGGCUUGGGUACCUGGAGAAUUGGGUUCGCUCCACCUCCUCCUCCUGUUGUUGUUGUUUAGUCGUUUAGUCGUGUCCGACUCUUCGUGACCCCAUGGACCAGAGCACGCCAGGCCCUCCUGUCUUCCACUGCCUCCCCCAGUUUGGUCAAACUCAUGCUGGUAGCUUCAAGAACACUGUCCAACCAUCUCGUCCUCUGUCGUUCCCUUCUCCUUGUGCCCUCCAUCUUUCCCAACAUCAGGGUCUUUUCCAGGGAGUCUUCUCUUCCCAUGAGGUGGCCAAAGUAUUGGAGCCUCAGCUUCAGGAUCUGUCUUUCCAGUGAGCACUAAGGGCUGAUUUCCUUAAGAAUGGAGAGGUUUGAUCUUCUUGCAGUCCAUGGGACUCUCAAGAGUCUCCUCCAGCACCAUAAUUCAAAAGCAUCAAUUCUUCGGCGAUCAGCCUUCUUUAUGGUCCAGCUCUCACUUCGAUACAUCACUACUGGGAAAACCAUAGCUUUAACUAUACGGACCUUUGUUGGCAAGGUGAUGUCUCUGCUUUUUAAGAGGCUGUCUAACUUGGUCCUCUGCCAUGGAAGACAAAGCACAGGACAAAGCUGGUCGCAACAAAACAAAAUGAAACAAAAAGCCCAGAGAACCAAUAUGAGUUGUAGGAAGUCACCUUUAAUUUGCUCUACGAAAUGAAGGGAGCGAAGUGGAAAUAUUUCGCUUAAAAGAGCCCCACACCUGUUAAACAUCUAUAUAUUAUAUGGAAUUAAAUGUGCAUUGUUGUUGUAACUACUCAUAUUAAGGGGCGGGGGGAUGUAAUAGUGAAAUACUUUCACUAUGAGACUCUCUUGUCUACCCGCCUGGAGUUCAUUAACAUUAGGAGACAAUUCUCGGAAACGCUUUGCCUGUUACGCUUGUCUGGAGUGUUUCUGUGGCAUCUUGUUUGCAAAACGCUGCUGACUGCAAGAAAAGGAUAUGUUGUCCUAUGGCUUUUAUUUACAGUGCAGUCCUAUGGAAGUAAGUCCCAUUGAGCUUGAGAAGACUUACUCCAGGGUAAGCAAAUACAGGAUUGCAGCCUCCCAUCAUUAAUGUUUUUCUUCGACUUCCCCAUUAGUAUCCAAAGCCGCUAACAAAAAACAUUGUUGUGUAAAGAAACAAUACAAUGCAUGCACUGUAAACUGAGCCCUUUUGCCUUUCAGAGGUGAAAGGAUAGUCUUUUCCUCCUGCAAAGACCCUUUGCUCUUUGGUACCUGUUGUCUGAGCUUGGAUGGUGAACAUCAGAGAUUGUUCAUCAUCUUAGCACAUUUCUGCUCACUUUUGCCUGCCUUUAUUCCUUUCCAACUCCCAGACUCCACUAAGAGCCUAAUGCCUUUGCACUGCUAUGAGCUGCCAUGUGCUGCAUGAUUGUACAGCCCUUGGCCCCUUCCACCCUUUGGAUGUUCCAAAUCCCUGGGUUUUUUGGCAAGGGUAAAAUGUAACUACUGAUAGCAGAGACCCUGCCCGUUUCCAUGCCCCACAUAAGAUAUUCAACUUGGGAAAUAGAUUCUUGAUGUCUUUAUAAUAGAACCAGUGAUGUGGGUUGGUUUUUUGCUUGUUGUUGUUGUUGUGUUUUUGAGAAUUGUAUUCUGCAAAUUAGAGUAACUUUUUCUACGAAAAUUUUCUGAUGCAAAGCACCCUAUGCAAAACAAAAUAACAAAUUUCCUUCCAGUAGCACCUUUGAGACAAACUAUGUUUGUUAUUGGUAUGAGCUUUUGUGUGCAUGCACACUUCUUCAGGUACCACACGAAAGCUCAUACCAAUAACAAACUUAGUUGGUCUCUAAGGUACUACUGGAAGGAAAAAAAAUAUUUUGUUUUGACUACGGCAGACCAACACGGCUACCUAUCUGUAACACCCUAUGCAAAUUAGGGUAAAGUUGCAUUGAAUUAUAUGCAUCAGAAAAUUUUCUGAUGCCCUUGAGUGAACUAAUUUAGCAUGUUUGUUGUACUUAGUAAAGAAAGUUAAAAACCCUGCAGCUACUAAAAUUGCCUAAUAAUUACUUGUAACUAGCAUCCAUUUAUUGUUGCUAACAAAAUGAUGAAAUAUUCCCCCCACUGGAAAUUACCCACCCUGCAUCACUAGCCAGAACCCACCUCCCCAAUUAAUCAUUGCAUCUGUCAAAUAAUAACUGUCAAUUAAUCGUUGUAUCUUCUAACUUGGUGUUGUUCAACCUUGGGGUUCCCAGGUGUUGUUGGACUACAACUCUCAGCAUUCCUGAUUGGGCAUGUUGAGAUUUGGAGUCUAGUAACAUCUGGUUGAUACUGACAAUCUCUCUAACUGCAAGGUUUUUAUUCUAUGGUCUGCUGAUUAAAUGGAAAAUACUGUAUUUUUCGCACCACAACACUCACUUUUUUCCUCUUGGAAAGUAAGGGGAAAUGUCUGUGCGUGUUAUGGAGCGAAUGCCUACGGAUGGCGGGGGGGUCUGCUGCAGUCGUGAGCAGAGGAUCCAUGAUUCCCCUUCCUUCCCUCCUCCGUAGCUCGCUUUGAAACAGCAAAGCGGGAGAAGAUCCGCUGAGUGGGGAGGAGAGAGGGACAGAGAGCCUGCUUGCUUUAAAGGAGCAAAGCGGGAGAGGAGAGGAGCCGCUUACAUGAGUCCGGAGCUGUUUUUUUCAGCGAGCCAGGGAGGAGGGAGAGAACAGCUCGCUAAAUAGCAGCAAAGUUUUUCGCAAGCAGGCUCUCUGUCCCUUCUCCUCCCCACUCAGCUGGCUAAAUGGUAGCAAAGUUUUUCAGCGAGCCGGGGAGGAGGGAGAGAACAGCUCGCUAAAUAGCUGCAAAGUUUUUCAGCGCGCCGGGGAGGAGGGAGAGAAGCAGAGCCUUUAAAGGAGCAAAGCGGGAGAGGAGAGGAGCCUUCUCCCCUUAUACCCCUCUUCUGCAUUAUUAACAGCAUCCUUCUCCACCCACCCCACGCAUGUUCCUUGUCCCUUGAGUGCUUUUCCUUCCCUCCCCACUUAAAACGUGGUUACAAAGCACGGAUCCACUUGGAUCCUCAGGAUUUUUGCACUGGGUCACCCCAAAUUCACCAUCAGAUCACAUAGCAUGUCCAUGGCUACAGCUUGCACCAAAAAAAGCACGCACCCACUGUUGCCUGGGGCCGCAGUGGUGCAAAAACAUGGUUACAAAGCAUGGAUCCACAUGGAUCCUCAGGAUUUUGCAUUGGGCUACCCCAAACUCACCGUCAGAUCACAUGUCUGUGGCCACAGCAUGAACCACAAAAAUCAUACAUCCACUGUUUCGUUUAGAAUAUAUUUUUUCUUGUUUUCCUCCUCUAAAAACUAUGUGCGUAUUAUGGUCGGGUGCGUGUUACGGUGCGAAAAAUACGGUACUUUGAAAGAAUGUGCCUGCUGCUACAGUAAACACAGGGGGGAACUAAACUUUAUUUCACCUGGGUUAAAGACCCAGUUUGGCACCCCCCACACGUGCAUUUGCGUACACACACAGGUUGGGAGUCCUCUGGAGGCUUCACCCAGGGCAAAACCCUCGGCUAUCCCCCCCUGUAGUUGUGGCAUUGCUUAACAUACAUAUUUAAGAAGUUAAAAUUAGUUGCCCUUCAAAAAAUGUUAUGUAACUACAACAGUCUGUAUAGUAGUGCUUUCAGUGUUGCCCACAAAAAGUAUUCCUUUGAAACUGGUACAACAGUACGCUAGCUAUUGCUCUAAAGUUCCCCUGCAGUGCCUGUCUCCCAUUUCUAUUCAUUUUGGUACAUGCAAUACGUACUUGUCUUUGUUCAGAGACCCAAGGCAGAAGAAGAAUAAACAGCACUUUGAAACAUUGAUAAUUUGAGUUCUGUGAUUCAUAGAUGACCUUUUUGAUCAAGGAGAUCAGCUGGGAAAGGUCAAAUUCAUUUCUAACUUCUCAUCCUUGUGCCUGUUCAAUUCUAAUGUUGUAAUUCUAAUCUAGUUUUAUAGCUGAAGCUAUACAUUUGAGGUUUUGAUGAGGACAUACAGUACUGUGAAAAGCUUCACAGCUUUCCCGAUACAUAGAGGAUUCCCAGCCACUAAGCUAAAUUACCCCCCCCCAAACAUACACACUUUGAAAUCUCAACUCAUAACUGUGAACAUUGAUCUUCUAAUGAAGGGUGGUAUAGAAAUUGAAUAAAUAAUAAAAUAGUAGGGGUGAGGGACCUCUGGUCUGCAGACCAAGCUUUGUCUGUCAGGGAUCCCAGUUUGACCCAUAAGGCUGUUUCCCCCCAACCACAUCCACUUACCCCACACCUGACAUCAUAAGUGACAUAAUGUAAAACCUCUGAGGGCUCAACGUGAUCUCUCAGUUUCUUUAUUUGCAGUUCCUUGCUCUAAGCGGGGAAAGGUGUUUCCAUUGAAACCAGUGCUGAAGCCUAAUGUUCUGAUUAAUUUUGCUUCCAGUGUUGUUUCCCAAAGAAUAUUGUUAGCAGUUAAGUGAAAUAUCAAAGAUCUGGACAGAGUUUGCUAGAUCAAAAUGAAAAAAAAAAUCCUGCACACAAUAGAAGCUUCAGUGUUUAGUUUGCAAGUAAAAAUAAUUGGUCCUGCUAAAGAAAGUGGUUAUUUUGCCAUCAAGCUAAGUAGAAGAUUUCUUAAUUGAAAUCCCAACAUAAAAAGAGUUAUUAGCACAUGCUUGAGUGCAUAUAUUAAAAUAUCUGCACUAAUUUUUUUGUUCUGGACACAACACUGAGGGAUUUUGAGAUCAGAAAAAGGCGUCCUACUUUUCCUGAUUUUUUCAGAAGCUUGUAUGACUGUAAGUUAAAACAAAUUUAUGAUACAACAGUAAUCAGCUAUGAUAGCUAACACGAACCACUGUGUUUAGAGGGGGAAUAUGAAUUCUGGAUACUGAAGGACCACUAUACAAAAUGGUCAUCACUAUUGUAUCUUGCUUCUGGACUUCCAGAGCGUAUAUGGCAACACUAAAUUAUGUAAGAAAAUUAUGCAAGAAAAUUAUUUAAGUGACUGCCUUUCAGGGUCUUUCACAUAUAUUGCCAGCACUAUUACUUUGGGGGUAAGAAUUUACCGUAUUUUUUGCACUAUAACACUCACUUUUUUCCUCCUAGAAAGUAAGGGGAAAUGUCUGUGCGUGUUAUGGAGGGAAUGCCUACGGGUGGCAUGCCUACGGAUUUUCCUCCUCUAAAAACUACGUGCGUGUUAUGGUCGGGUGCGUGUUAUAGAGCGAAAAAUACGGUAGAUGUCUAGGGGGGGCCUUCAUUUGUGGAGAAAUGUUGCUAUUUCAAGCAGUGUUGACAUUAGUGUGGAAUUGCUUUUGCCACCAUGGUUAAGUUUUGAAAAUCUAGAUCCUUUCAUUCAAAGCCAGCAACAUUUGUACCAAUGCAGAUCUGUGGCAUGUGGGACCCUCAGGGGUAGGGAGAAAUUUCCCCUGACCAUUACCAGCAAGUUUGUCACAGAAGAUGUUAGAAGACUCCUAUGCAAGAUUGCUCUUCUCGGUGUGCUAAGAGGGGUGAGAAAACAUUUUGGUACAGAGGAGCAUGUGACUACUACUUCUAGUUUGAAGAAUCCCUGCCUGUGCAAGAACAAGAAUUACUGUUUUCAAGGAUGUGUGGUUCAAGCUCAUUUUACUGUUUUAUAGCAGAAAGGGACAGAGUAUUAGAGAUGCUAUAGGGCAGUUCAAACAGAUGAGCAUAGGGUAACGUGGCCUCAGACUGACUUGGAGCCAAGUCUUAAGGGGUGGAUGGCCUUUGUAUUGUACUGUUGCCAGGUUCUUUCUCAUGACUGAGAUAUAUUUAGGUUGUCCUAAAAAGUUAGCCUAAUCCUGAACAGCUUGCAAGCUAUGAUUGUCCUUGUGUUACAUUUUGAUUUAAUGAGCGAGAUCCAACUGCGACGUCCUGCUUGCGCAACAGCCUUCUACUUGCCAAAUGGGACUUUCCCUUCCACUUCUCCCCAUGAGCCUUCAGCUCCCCAAUCAGCUCCAGAAAUUCUGGAGAACCCUCUGGAGCACAUUGGGGGGCUUCAGGGAAAGGAGAUGGGGCAGCCCUCUGGCUUGACGCUGGAUCUUGCACAUUAUUAUUUAGAUAAAUGAUAAAUUAUUUUGUUAAGCAUGGGCUAAUUCUAAUAAAGAAAUUUAAAUCAUUGCAGGCAUUUGACUUCUUGGGAAAUUUUGUUGAGCAAGGCCCCUCUGCUUCAAGUACCUGGAACGCACUGUGUUUUUUCAAGAAGAACUUUCUUCAACAUUACUUCACCAUUAGGGAACAAAAGGAAAGAAUAUUCAGAGAGAAGAAUUAUAGGGUUUGUAUACAAAUAAGUAGAAUUACAAUUGUAUAUGAAUGCAUGGUGUUGAUUUGCAUGACCAAAUUUUGAUCAAUGUUUCGACUUCUAUUGGUUUUGCCCAAGAUGUGUUUACUUAAAAUUGAUUCAAGUCUUAUUUAUUUGUGAGUUACUUCAUUCUCAGUCUUUGAAGAAUUUACGUUUCACAGAUAGUCACAUUAUGAGGCAAACAUGGGACUCCCAUCUCUCUCUUUGCUGCAUAAUUUUUUGUAUGGGGAUGCUGCAUAAUUUUUUAUAUGGGGAUGGGGAUCUUCACUGAGAUCAUGUUGUCUAAUUUAGAAGCAAAUAUAUUGUACAGUGCAGUUUAGAAAGUACAUGGUGUGCUUAAAUUAGGUGCACCGUAUAGUGUCAUAUUGUCACACCAGUACACAUGUGAACUUUUUUUACUAAUUUGGAAGGCAAGGGUAUUUAACAAAUUUGAUGAAGCUAUUAUGUUUUGCGCCCGUGCUAGGGUUUUUCUGGCUCAUCAUCCCCUUGUAUCCAUGGAAACCUGCUCUUCAGAAUGGGUUUUUUUGGGAACAGCACAGAAUACAGGUUUGGAGGGCUGCAGAGAGAGAAGAUAAUUGUCCAACUGGAAGUUGUUUUCUCUGUGUGCAAAGUAUCUUUUGGAUCCAAACCACAGAAUGGCUCUUUGCCUAAAGUUAUAAAAACUGUUACACUGUUUAGAAACAGUUAAGCAGUCUUCAUGUUUACAGUGAAAGGAUUCCCAUACAGUGGUGCCUCGCAAGACGAAAUUAAUCCGUUCCGCGAGAGUCUUCGUCUAGCGGUUUUUUCGUCUUGCGAAGCAAGCCCAUUGACGGAUUAGCGCUAUUAGCGCUAUUAGCGGUUUAGCGGCUAUUAAAGGCUUAAAGGCUUAGGGGAUUAGCUGCUAAAAGGCUAUUAAAGGCUAUUAAAGGCUUAGCAGAUUAGAUAAAGGGGGAGUGAAAAAAAUCUCAAGACUCGCAAGGUAUUUUCGUCUUGCGAAGCAAGCCCAUAGGGGAAUUCGUCCUGCGAAGCAACUUCAAAACGGAAAACCCUUUCGUCUAGCGGUUUUUCCGUCUUGCGAGGCAUUCGUCUUGCGGGGCACCACUGUACAUAAGUAGGUUACCGUAGUUAAGUUGCUGAAGCGUGUAUUUCUGUGUUAAUAAUUUGCAGAGCUGUACUGGCAAUAUUAAUUUUGGUAGAAAUUGCUAUGCUGUUACAAUGUGGCUUGAAGUGUAAAAAUAAAUCCCUUGAGUCAAAUAACACCAUAGAGUGAAGGAGACUCUUACGGACAUUUACAUGGAAGUAAUUAAGCUUCACCGAAUACAGUGGAGUUUCUUCUGAGUACAUUCAUAGGAUUGUGCUGUAAAACAGGUUUGAGCCUGAUUUAACUCCUAUUGAAAUGAAUGGAAAAGUGAAAAUACCAAACACUUAAGGUAACUGUGGUCCACUGUAUGCUCAGAAAUUUCUCAAAGUAGGGUAGGGAAAGCCUUCGCAUUUUGCCUUUAUCAUAAAAUAAACUUUAGUUGGGUCAAGAAAACUGGAGUAGAUUGGUUUUUUUGAAGUGUGUGUACCAAAACUAUGAAGGGACGCGGGUGGCGCUGUGGGUUAAACCACAGAGCCUAGGACUUGCCGAUCAGAAGGUCGGUGGUUCAAAUCCCCGGGACGGGGUGAGCUCCCUUUGCUCAGUCUCAGCUCCUGCCAACCUAGCAGUUCGAAAGCACAUCAAAGUGCAAGUAGAUAAAUAGGUACCACUCUGGCGGGAAGGUAAACGGUGUUUCCGUGUGCUGCUCUGGUUCGCCAGAAGCGGCUUUGUCAUGCUGGCCACAUGACCUGGAAGCUGUACGCCGGCUCCCUCGGCCAGUAAAGCGAGAUGAGCGCCGCAACCCCAGAGUCGGUCACGACUGGACCUAAUGGUCAGGGGUCCCUUUACCUUUACCUUUUACCAAAACUAUAUAUAUAAAUGUUAAAAGGCUACAGGAGCUAAUGGGACCCCAAAGAAAAAUGUUACCUGCCCUUCCUACAAGGUUCUCAGGUUGGCACACACAUUUCUUCACCCUCCAUUCAUUUUUAUCUUCCCAGCUGCCCUGGGAGGUAGGCUAGUGUGUGUGUGUGUGUGUGUCUCUGUGUCUGUGUCUGUGCGCGCGCGUGUGUGUGUGUGUGUGUGUAUGUGUGUGUGUGUGUAAGGAAGAGAUACAUUUCAUAACUGAAGAGCUCAAGCAUAAAAGGUAAAGGUACCCCUGCCCGUACGGGCCAGUCUUGACAGACUCUAGGGUUGUGCGCCCAUCUCACUCAAGAGGCCGGGGGCCAGCGCUGUCCGGAGACACUUCCGGGUCACGUGGCCAGCGUGACAAAGCCACAUCUGGUGAGCCAGCGCAGCACACGGAAACGCCGUUUACCUUCCCGCCAGUAAGCGGUCCCUAUUUAUCUACUUGCACCCGGGGGUGCUUUUGAACUGCUAGGUUGGCAGGCGCUGGGACCGAGCAACGGGAGCGCACCCCGCCGCGGGGAUUCAAACCGCCGACCUUUCGAUCGGCAAGCCCUAGGCGCUGAGGCUUUUACCCACAGCGCCACCCGCGUCCCAGCUCAAGCAUAGGAAAGCACAAAAAUGAUGCAUGACUUGGUCCUUUGAAUACUGCUUGUAAUACUAAGUUCCACUUUUCUUCUUGUCAGGUAUUCUAUGCAAGAAAUGUAUGAUGUGGUAGCAGUUGUAAGUGAAUACAAGAACUUUGUGCCAUGGUGCAAAAAGUCAGAUGUGUUAUCCAAGCGCUCAGGAUAUUGCAAGGCACACUUAGAAGUUGGAUUUCCUCCUGUGUUGGAGAAAUACACUUCGGUUUGUACACUAGUGAGACCUCAUUUGGUUAAGGUAAUGAUUUUUUAAAAGCAUCUUGUAUUGUAUAAUUGCUUGCAGCUUUCCUGCCAUUCUAUUAUAUGUAGACAGAUGUGCUUGUUCAAUACAGAUUGCACACACUCCAGAAAUUGCUACCUCCCCAUCCAGUUUUUGUUUUAAGUUAUGGGUUCUCUAUACAGAACAGAAGUGCAAUAAAUAAUGCACCUAUUUUGCAUUAAUGCAUUAUUUUGUUUUUAUAUCCGCUGAAAAGAAACCUGAAGCUAAUACGCUGGAACGUACAUUGCCAGUUUUCUCUAGUAUAAGACACAUUUGUAGAGAUUCUUCAAAAACUUGCAACCGCUCCCUUCAGUUUCAUUGGGUUGGAUCCUAUUUGUCUUUUCCAUGAACAGCACUUGAAUCCAACAGAGGCUCCUUUUCCUUGCUUAUUUUUCUGCGCGGAUGGCAUUGUUAAGAACUUUUUAAGUGGAGAUACUAGAGUUUGAAUCUGGGACCCCCACUGAUCCAUGGUCUCUACCCAUACCUUUGGGACUUUUAUUUUUUCCCCUCCUUCUCCGGGCAUAAAAAGGAAGCACUUUCUAACAUUAUGAAAUAACAAAUGAGAAAUUAUGGAUUUUAUUCUGGUCUUGUAGUUCUAGUUUAUGUGGAAGCCGAAAUAAGUUGAACAUCUAGGUCUGAGGGUUUUGAAUCCAAUACGAAAGUGUUAAAACGGUUAACCUUUUUCCUAGGCAUCAUGCACAGAUGGAAAACUAUUUAAUCAUCUGGAAACAGUGUGGCGCUUCAGUCCAGGAAUCCCUGGCUAUCCAAGAACGUGUACCUUGGAUUUUUCAGUAAGUAUGAGAAUAAGCCUUCCAAGCUCUUCAGACUACCGAAAUAUACCUUUAAAGCCAUAACAAGCUGUGCUUGCAUGUCACACUAAACUAUAGUUUAAGGCAGGGGCAGCCAGCAUGUUGCACAGUAGAUGUUGUUGGACUACAACUCUCAUUAACCCAGCCAGCCUUGCUGGUGGUGAAGGAUGAAGGAGUUGUAGUCAGACAACAGCUGCCGGGCACCAUGUUGACUACCCCUGGUUUAGUAAGGUGUGAAAGAGCGGGAAUGAGCUGCCAUGAACCUCAGAUUUGUGCACUUUCUUCCUCUCCCUGCUGCAUGGUUGCGAGGGGUUUGGAAGCUUUUGCUUAACUGCCGUUUGUUAAGUCACCCAAAUCAACAAACUCUGGUUAACACUGACUGUGAUUUGACAUUAGCUUGUUCAGAACUAACCAUGAUUGUUGAAGCUUGGCUUGUUUAAACUAACCAUAGUUAGAAUCUGACCCGGAACUAUAUUUAGAUGACGUGAUAAGCCAGGGAUAUUGCUAGGUAGUUAAAAAGACUGGGGCCCAAGCCCAUGACACAAAUUUGCUUGAUAAUUUGUGUGAUAAUUUCUGUGUAAAGAAACAAAUUUAGAUGGCAUACAUUAGUACAGCUAGGUGAUUUUUGUCAACCUAGUUUAUGUAAAAAGAAUACUCUGAACAUGUGCAGUUUUACAGUUUAAACUCACUUAAGUCAUAGCACCAUCUUGAUUACUCAGGAAUACACAUUUUGUUUGGGAAACAUAUAAUACAGUGGCACCUUGGUUCUCAAACUUUUAAGGCGUGCUUUCCCAUAGAAAGUAAUGCAAAAUGGAUUAAUCCAUUCCAGACUUUUAAAAACAACCCCUAAAACAGCAAUUUUACUAUCUAACGAGACCACUGAUUCAUAAAAUGAAAGCAAUAAUCAAUGUACUGUACUAUAAAAUAGAGACAGUAUUGUAGAUGAUAAAAAUGAAAAUUAAUUUUUUCCCUUACCUUCACUGAUAAUAGUCAUUGUUUGGAUGGGGGGCUUUUAUCCAUAUCUGCAGUCACACAGUCAAUCAACCCGUAGCUGAACUGGGUUCCACACAGUCACAAAAACAAAUUAACUGAAAAAGCCUCAAAGACAAAAACGCAAAAUAAAUAGCAAAAACAAAAGCGCCAAACAUAAUCUGUUCUGGAAGUCCGUUUGACUUCCAAAAUGUUCGAAAAUUAAAGCACAGCUUCUGAUUGGUUCAGGCGCCCCAGAAACAAUAGCCGACAGCUGCAUUGGACGUUCAGCUUCCAAAAAACGUUCAAAAACCAGAACACUUACUUCCAAGUUUUCAGCGUUUGAGUACCAAGGUGUUUGAGAACCAAGGUACCACUGUAUAUUUUUUAAAAGAAAAGUAGCAAUAUGUACAUGCCUAGUCAGCUGUCUCCGACAAUAGAGUGCUUUAAACAAUAAGAGAGGAUGAUGCAGUGACCACAGUCAUGGGGCAUGUUUGCUUCUACCCCCAUUUUCUGCUGUUCUAUGAGUGUUCAUUUUGGAGAGGCUGGACCUCUAAGUGCAGCUCUAGUUCUACCACUUCUGUUCCUGUGUGUUGCAGCAUGUCCCCAGCUGCCCUGUAAGCCAAAAAGAUUUUUCUAUAAAGUUGCGAAUGGGGAAGCGAUUUGAGGCCCAGUACAAAAGACCUGGGGUUCUGGCUUUCAAGGUCACCCCUUAUUAAUAAUACCUGUGUGCCACAAUGUGGGUAAUCAAAAGGAGAAGUGAAAGCUUCCAAACUCCAUGGGAGGAGGGGAGCACAAACCUGAUACUUGUAAAUGCAGUUUAAUACAAUGUGCAAAUGCCGUCAGUGUGUUGCUCCCAACUGUGUUUAUUUUAAUUAAAGAAACCAAAAGCGACCUGAAUUCUAAACAUGCCUUUUAAACGUGUAUAUAUAAACAUAAAUUAUUAUAAACUUUAAAGUUUUCUUUCUGCUAGGGGUGGUAUGUGAAAUAUCUUCACUUCAAAUGUGUUUAUCUACAUAUUAUGAAAGAAGGCUGAUUCUUAAUUGCUUUGAAUACACUUGGGGUACUGGAAAACUCUAAAUCGCACUUUCCUUCACUAAGCAAUUCAACACCAUUGUUUGUGUUGUUUCUAGCUUAUCAUUCAAACUUAGUUUGUUUUUCAUUUAUUAUUUUUUCAGAAGAAAGAUGGAUUCUCAUUUGCUACUACUGAUUUGUAGUUUCAACAUAGGGCAGGAUCCAAAGUGCCAUUUUGGGCACACCGAAGAGCUUGCAGAUUUUCCCUCUUUCAACAGCAGAUCUUUCAUGCCUCCUUCCACUGUUUCUGAAAGUCCCCUUAGUUUCCAAAUGGUAUGUCAUGUAGUGAUAGGAAGAGGGUUGACUGCUGUAAGCCCCUUGGAUUUGUAGAACCAACCCUGCUGUGAAUGAAUAUUGUUCAUUCUAAGGAAAAGAGCACGAAAACAUGUGUCAGAUAGCAUUGAUGAAAGUUAGUCCCAAGAACCUACUCCUAUGGUUCAUGGUUGUAGUUUUCUUAUGGUUCAGAGGGAGCCUUGGGGCUCUCACAGAGGGUGGGAUCCACCAUCACACCAGAGAGCAUGAUGGGAUUGCCCUCCCUCCCUCCUGCAGUCCCACCCCAACUUAAUUUUCUCCAGAAGAUCCCUCCAACCUUCAGGAGUAGAUUUGAGGUGGGGUAGGUGCAAGGGGCUUCAGAGGGGGAGAAUGAACCGAUUUCCACUUGCACAAAAACAAUGAACAAUCCAUCGUUUUAUUUGUGUGUUACGCUCCCUUUCAGAAAUUAAAACCAUGCUCAAGGCGGCUUGCAACAUAUAAAAAAUUGCAUGAUUACAAACAUAACAAAAGGAGUCAUAAACAAUAAAUAAAAUAUCAAGAAGUACACAACCAAAUUGAACCAUUUCCUCAUAAAUCAUAAGAUGUAAAAUAUACAAAAAAUUAACAGCAAUAAGAGCAACAAACCACACCCUAAGCAAACUUCCUAAACAGUACCCCAGCUCAGGGGCCAGCAAACCUUUUCAGCAAGGGACCAGUCCACUGUCCCUCAGACCUUGUGGGGGGCCGGAUUAUAUUUUGAAAAAAAUAUACGAACAAAUUCCUAUGCCCUACAAAUAACCCAGAGAUGCAUUUUAAAUAAAAGCACACAUUCUACUCAUGUAAAAACACAGAUUCCCGGACCGUCUGCGGGCUGGAUUUAGAAGGCAAUUGGGCCGCAUCUGGCCCCCAGGCCUUAGUUUGCCUACCCAUGCCCCAGCCCAAGAGUCUGUUUAGCAACCUCAGCUCUUUUAGCUGGAGUCAGUCAGGGCUUGCCAUCCCAGGUCAGGUGGAAAAAGGCCUGCAAGGCAGGGAGGUCUUCUAGGACACACUGCCAAGAGAAUACCAAGGUUGGCUGUCACUCAAUGAAAUGACAGGCUUUUCCUCAUAUCCUGAUGUUGCUGCCUUGAAUGUUGUUGUUAUUACCCCACCCAUCUGGCUGGGUUGCAAUGAAAUUAUCCAGACUGGUCACACCGGUGCCUAACCUAGCAGGACUAUUGUAAAUUUUAUAUCACAGCCUCAUAAUAAAUAAACCUAAGUAGUAUAUUUUUCAUGGAUUUCUUCCUGGAGUCUAUAAACUUAUUAAUAAACCAGUGCACUUUUAAAUGAACAGUAUAGUCUGUCCAAAAGUUCUGCUAACACCUGCCAUUAACUCCCUAGCUUCCUUUUUUGUUCCUCUUUUUAAAAAGGAGCACAGCUUGUAUGAUGAGAUCAUUUCUGUAACUUGAGAAUUUGUUUAAUUUACUUUUAGCUACAUUGGUUUGAGAAUUGCCAUGCAAGUUCAAACUAGUGAAAACCAAACUGUUGCAAACAGUUCAUUUAUCCAGGGGCUGUUUUUUAGUUCUUCCACAUUUUAAAUCUAAUCAUCUAGUGCAACCCCCUGGAAUGCAGGAAUCUUUGGCCCAAUGUGGGGCUGGAAUCCACAACCCUGAGAUUAAGAGUCUCAUAUUAUCCAUUCACUUUGGGUAUUCUGACUUUUUGUCAAAGUUUAAUAAGAAUAAAUGUGUGUUGCUAUGCAUGCUCAGUCACACUCUCUUUCCAAUUCUGGUGCUUCUGAAAGUCUGUAACUGCUGUUUGCAACAUUUAAAACAACAGCAACAGCCUUAUUUUUACAAACCAUCUUCAAACCUUGCCAGGAAAGGAAGUGAAGCAUGUGACUAUUCUAUAGCAUUUCCCGAUCCUUCGUACUUUCUGCAAAUUAGUUGAACCUUCUUAAUAAACUGGGUGGACUCUGUAUUUUUUGUUGUGUUCAGUUAGCACUUGCACAAACUGCUCUUGGCUCAGAUAAAUUUAGGAUGAAAUUCAAUGUUACAUUGGUAACCCCAUCUUUCCUCGUCUACCUGUAACACUAAUGCGAUGAUUGAGAGUGGUUGCAGCUGCAAAUAGGUGAUCAGAAGCAGGAUCCUCAAUUCUAAUCCUGCCCUGCUGAUAGUCCCCCCACCCCAAAAAAGUGUGUGUUCCAGCUGGGCUCUACAACUAAGAAAAACUGCUUGGAAGAAUCAGCAUGUGAAGGGUUUUUAAAAACUCUUAUCAGUGCCCCUCACCCGCUCCACCCAAUUAUCUCAGCACACAAACUUGUGCUUGCAGUGAUAAUUCUAGUUCUGCCUUCACAUAUGUACAUGACUGCAUAGAAUUGCAGAUUUGGCUGCAGACCUUUUGAGUGGUUCUACCAGAAUAAAUCCCAAGCAGUUUUUUAGACAUUGCAACCAUAGUCUGGUACGAAAAGGGAAAUGUUCAGUGCUAAGGGAUUUCUAGCCAAAAGCUUUCAAAUUAACUCCCCCCCCCUUUUGGGGGAUUCCACUUUUAAAAUAUUUUCUUUGCUAUAGUUUAGGAUUAUGCCCGAAUACAGUAACUAAACCUCUUGAAAGCUUACUAAUUAAUGUUUCAUUGUUUUCAAUUUGAUUUUGUCAUGACUGACUGAAGAGGCAGUAGAUAACAGCAAACUCUGCUGAAGACAAGAUAGGACUGUAUCUGCAUGGGAAUGGGAUCAACCCAGCCCAUUCCACCUAACUGCGCACAUGGUGGAUAUCCUUAUGGAAUUGGCCUCCUUGGAGAUCUGAUCUGCAUUGUCAUUAAUUAUAAAUAGUAAUGAUCUAAUGGAUCUGGCCAAACCCAUGGGGCUGUGUAGAGCCCAAUUUCAGAUCUCCACGAUCCCUUUUCCAACCUGUGUUACAUCUGCAUAGGUUUGUAAGGUGCAUACCCUGCACUCAGAGCAGCUUAUAAACAGCUUGAUUUUAUUUAUUAACCCAGAUUAAAACCAAGAGGAAAAUAUAUAAUUCAAAGCAUCCCACCCACUUCUUAAAGGCCAGAUAUCUAAAGGCCAAAGGCCUGAUUACAGUGGAACAUUUUGCCUGGUGCCUAAAGACCCCCUGGACCUCUCACUUCUUUAAGAGUCAUGUCCUUAAUAGGCAUACAUUCUCAGUAACUUCACACAUAUCCUUAAUGUGUAGUUUUGGUUGCAACCACGUGUUGUAACAUGACAGUGGCAGUAGUGGAAUUGCUUUUGUUUCAUUUAUUGAAAGAGUGACCGGUUUAAUUCCUGUAUCAGCAGAAAGGUGGUGCGCAGCAGUUUUCUUUCGUCAGAUCUUAAAAUUUCAGCCUAUAUAAAUUCUUUUAUUAAUGAAAUUCAGCUCUAAGUGGUGAUGCUUAUGCAAGUGAAAUGCCAUCCACAAAAAUUAGGAGACCCGAGGGAAACUCAGAAGACUGCCCAACUACAGAAAAUCAAACAAAAAGAGAAACGUACUCCACACUGAAAUGUUUCGUGUUUACAUUGGUAUGUGGCUGUUAGCACCUAAAUUCAAAAUGCACUGAAAAGGCAUAAGUGGAAAGCAAAAUGCAAAGAGCUACAGCUAAAACCUUUUCUGUACAAGGGGGUUUCGUUAGCUGCAAGCUGAGGGAGGCUAUCAUGAGAAGAUGCAGCCAAGAGGAAAAUACCCAGAGGAACUUACUAUGAUUCCAUAAUUGCCUUGAAUAUAUCCAACAAAGUUCUUUGGUCCUUUGCUGAAAUGGAUGCAGGAAAGAAUGGGCCUAGCCAUCUUUUUGUGAGUGACUGACACAACUUACCUUUGUUUUAACAGAUUUCUUUUGAGUUUCGUUCCCUUCUACAUUCUCAGCUUGCCACACUGUUCUUCGAUGAAGUCGUUAAGCAGAUGGUUGCAGCAUUUGAAAGAAGAGCAUCCAAGUUGUACGGUCCAGAAACAAUCAUACCUCGAGAGCUAAUGCUUCACGAAGUGCAUCACACAUAAAAGGGGGGGAAGUCGUGUUAAACUACUUGGACAUCGUGUUUUAACGUGAAGUGUUCUCCCAUGCGGGCUUCUAGUUACAUGGGAAUUUGAAAAUUAUGUAUAAUACUACUGUACAACACAGGCCUGUAAGAUGCAGAUGUAUAUAAUAUAAAGCUUCAAUCAAGUGCAAUUAUAAGGUGCUGAUAAAGAGUGGCAGCUAUAAACUACACCAAAAUUGCCUUCUUCCUCUUGCCAGUUUUUAUGAAACUCAGCACUGUCUGCUGCCUAAUGUUUUGCAGUGUUUCUAAUAUUUACUAUUGGAAUCAAGUUUUAAGUUAUUAGUCUUUCAAAUGCAUAUUUAAGUUAUUUUUGCUAUUCAGGAAAAGCUUUAAAUUAGCACAUAUAAUUCUGAGAACAAAUUUCUCAGUAUGUGUAACUAUACUUAGUAGGGAAUGUUUAGUGUGUAAGUGGAAUGAAUAUAUAAAGGGCUCUUUUAAUCAAUAAACAUUGAUUAAAAAGACAUUGUCAAGUGCUUUCACAAGAUUCUAGCAGGUAAAUCUGUAAGGAGUCAUGAAUUCAAACUUUAAAGUGACUUGAGUUUCACAGAUCUGUUUGUAUAUUACAGUACAACUUUGCUAGGAUAAAAACAUACUAUUCCCUUUGUCUAGACUAAAGCAAGUUUUUGGGCAAUCCUCUCUACAGCUAGCACUGAAUUUUGUCAUUUUCCAAAGUUGUAUAAUUGGUUGUGCGGCUAAAUGUAUCCUUUUCAACAGAUUCCUAAAAUGGCUUCAAGAUUACUACCUUUAACUAGGAAGAGUCUUUAAAGUUUAGGCAUCAUAAUCAAGAGAAGCCGUGGCAUUUUAUCCUGAGUGAUGCUAAAUACACUGGGUUGCACAAAUUUAAAGUAAUAAAGCAAAGACUGUAGCUGCCUAAACUUUAAUAGCUCUUAAUCUUGAGCAAGAACAAGGAGUACAACCUUGGGCCCUCCAAAUUUGAGCAAAUCCGCAAAAAUUAAUAGAGCUGAUGGCAAAGGAGCUAUUAAGGCUAACGUUUCUCCCAUUCCUAGAAGAAAAAAAAAGGUUUAAGGAUGAUUGGCAUCUGGCUCUGUACUCCAAGAAAUGUUUUCAGGCUCACAUACCCGAUACAAAACAGGAUUGAGUUGUGAAUAAGUGAAUACAUUUCAUACCUUUUUGAGCAAUCUUUUAUUACAUAAAGUUGUCACAUAAUUGUAUAUUUGUCUACUUUGUACACAAUUUUAUUCAGUCUUGCACACAAUGGCUUCUGCAUGUCCUAGUGAUAGCAAGCACCAAUAAAAGUCUGAUUUUAACAGAACGGCAAGUGCUUGAACUGUUUAGAGCACAGCAUUAGUACACGGAUCUUCCACCCAGUAUCAGGAAUGUACAAAUGUCUUUAUUCAAAGUACAAAAUAAAUUAUCUGUAGGCAUGGACAAUGACUGUAAACGAUUAUGCAUGUCUAAACUGAAACCCAGUAACUAUUGUUACAGUGAUUCUUCAAACGCAGGGCCUUCUGCAGUCACUAUCCAUCCUGUUUCACCCUGACCUGAAGUUUUACUUAAAACUGUCAGGUCACUCACUGUAGUUCCAUGAUGGGACAUCCCUGUAGCUGAGCAUUAGAACAUGCCACCACCUCCCAUGCCAGCCCCCAUGCCUCCCAUGGCAGCUUCCUUCUCCUCUUUAGGAAUUUCCGUUACUACGGCUUCAGCUGUAGACAGAAGGGAAGCAACACCUGCUGCAUCCAUCAAGGCUGUCCUUACAACCUAAAAAAAGAAGUUUAAGAUAUAUUUCAGUGAGACACUUGUACAGCUCGUUAUCUAUUGUGUUGAGAUGAUAGGCCCGUUGGGAAAUAAAGAGAACUUACCUUCGUUGGAUC